UAGUAAAAUAUUAUCAACAUUAAGCACAGCAUAAAAAACAUUUGUUUCUUAUUAGAUUAUGGGGGGCGACGGACACGGUCAUGGACAUGGUCACGGUGCCCCAUAUACAAUACCCGAUUACAAGAUAUAUAAGGUUAAAGAUGUACCCGAACUAUUGGCUACCGAAAGAGCCUUAGCUGCUCAUGGUUUAAAAGAUCCUUGGCUUCGCAAUGAAGUUUGGAGAUAUGAUCCCAAGGAAUUUGGAACACAUAGCAGCAGAUUAAAUACACUGGUUUUUAGAGGAUUUAAACUUGGAGUUGGAGCUUUUUUGCUCACAAUUGUUGGAACAGCUAUUUAUGAUAAAAUGAAUCCUAGUGAUCACGGCCACGGCCAUGGGCAUGGGCAUAAGUAAAUGUAUAUGAUAUUUUGUGAACGUAGGAUUUUUGUAAAUAGAAUAUAUAAUGUAACAAGAUAUUGGUGCUUUUUAUUUUAAAAUAUUUGUAUACAAUUAUUUAAAGUAGUUAUGAAGAAAUAA